AUGAUUAUACGUUCGUUUCAACAGGCCAAUUUUCCCAGUCAUCCGGCCACAGUGGUUGACGUCGAGCUAAAGAUUCCGGGUUCACUACAAGAUCGAACUUUCGCGAUCGACAUUUUAUAUGAGGGCAGUUUGGAUGCGCGGUAUUGUGAAGAUGCGGAACGAUUCGUCGAAAUCCAUCGAUUUUUGUUACCAGCUCGUAAAAACUUCUACUUCAAAUCGUUCAAAAGGCGUGAUAUCAGCAUUAUUGACGAAUAUGAGAGUAUCGUGGGACGAGCCAUAAGGAUCAUUUGUUUGGAUUGUCACUUCAGAAGUGAGAAGAAUGGAGGGUGUUCUUUGAUUGGCAGAAGUGAAGAUGAUGUAUAUGUGGAACAGGAUGAAAUACAGCCAAACAAUUUGCCCUAUUUCCCGAUGGAAUUACCGCCGGGUGCAAAACUGCUUGUACGCGAUUUAUAUCAGAAUAGCGAUUGGUCACGCAAUUCAGCGAAUUAUAAUUAA